CGAAAAAACAAACGCAUUCAAUCAAGAUGGCACCACCUCAUACGUGUCUUCACUUGAUGUUUGACAAAGUAAACCUUUCCCUUUCCACCCAGCUGCAUUGCAUGUCCAUUUAUGACACACACCAACACCCACUCUUCCCUGUGAAAAUACCGAAUCAUCCUUCUGCCGCUUCCAGGAACCUCAACUACAAUUAACCGCUUCCACCGUUUUGAAACUGUCAGCCAACAAAACCAACUUUCUUAAGACAAAGAAGGACAAAAACACAACUUCCACUUAUCAAUGAACAGAAAAAACACAACAUCAUAUUUCUUCUCACAAUCCUCCUUUCCUCCACUCGCUUCAUGUCUUUCAUUAUCAUGCUCCGAUCCUCGCCCUUCCUCGCCCUUCUUUUUCUUUUACUUCUUCUUCACAGUUUCUCAAUACCAACAUGUCAUUGCCAAACCACCACUUCUCCCCCUCAGAACAUCGAAACUUUCUAUCCAAAUCAAACUUCAGCACCACAAAAACCUGAGACAUCACCACCAGCUGCUGACACACCACCUGGCCGUGGUUCUUCCAGUGGUAAGAUAGCCAAGGCGGUGGCUGCAACUGCAGCCAGCACCGUAGUUUUUUGUGGUUUAAUUUUCUUUCUGGUGCAGAGGUUCUUGAGGGCCCGAAAAAGAAAGAGAGAGGUGAUAAGUAACACUGCUUCUGGUGGAGAUAACCGUGUUGUGCCUCAGGGAAAUGUGUUUGAGAGAAUUGAUGGAAAUGUGAAGGGCUUGAUUGUGGAUGAGGAUGGUUUGGAUGUGAUUUAUUGGAGAAAGCUUGAAGGAAAGAACUCUGACAAGGAUCUAUAUAAGGAGGUUUUGAGUAGUCCCAGAAACAAAGAAAAAGAAGAUGGUGAUGAUGAAAAUCAAGCCAAUAAGUCCAAGUCCAUCCAAGAAGUUCCUCUCCUUAGAGGGAAAUCUUCGACUUCCCACUUGAAUGUAUCUCCAGAAGAGGAUGAACCAUACAGAUUUUCCCCACUUCCUUCUCCUCCUGCUUCUUAUGCUUCUGUUUCUGUUUCUGCUCCCACUCCUUCAACUCUUCCUUCAUCAGCUGGGGUUGUUAUCAAGGGUGCUCAGAAACCAGACUCUCCAACUCAACCCUCAACUCCACCCCCUCCCGUUUCACCAUCAACACCUUCAUCCUCUACUUCUGUUUCAGCAGUUCCGAAAGCAAAUAAUCCUGCGCCGGCACCUCCCCCUCCCCCAAUCCCAGCCCGAAGGAGUCCACCACCACCUCCUCCUCCAGCCUCAUCAAAAGCACCACCUGCUCCCAUUCAAAUUCCACAUAUUAAGCAAGGAAACUCUUCAGGAAAAGGCAUCCCAGAAACCAGCAAUGACCAAGUGAAGCUGAAGCCUCUGCAUUGGGAUAAGGUCAAUACUAAUAAUGCUGAUCACUCCAUGGUUUGGGACAAAGUUGAUCGUGGCUCUUUCAGGGUUGAUCAAGAUCUCAUGGAAGCUCUCUUCGGUUAUGUCGCCACCAACAGGAAAUCUCCCAAAGGAAAAAGUCACUCAGCCAUUCCAAGGAACGAUGCCUCAGCUUCAUCUGCAAAAGUUUUCCUUCUUGACCCGAGAAAAUCACAGAACAUUGCUAUUGUUCUCAAAUCUCUUGCAGUCUCACUAGGUGAAAUUGUUGAUGCACUCACUGAUGGUAUGGGCCUCAAACCAGAUACUCUUGAAAAGCUUGCUAGAGUUUCCCUAACAGAAGAAGAGCAAUCUCUCAUCCUUGAAUACAAAGGAGACCCGGCAAGACUUGCAGCAGCUGAAUCUUUCCUUUAUAAUCUCCUCAAAGCUGUUCCCUCAGCUUUUAAGCGCUUGAAUGCCAUGCUAUUCAGGUUGAACUAUGACUCGGAGAUUCAAGAAACCAAGGAAUCUCUGCAGAUCAUUGAACUGGGUUGUAAGGAGCUUAAAAGCAAAGGACUCUUUGUGAAGCUUCUUGAAGCAGUGCUAAAGGCAGGAAACAGAAUGAAUGCAGGAACUGCGAGGGGCAAUGCACAAGCUUUCAAUUUGGCUUCUCUGAGAAAACUCUCUGAUGUUAAGAGCAGCGAUGGAAAAACCACAUUACUUCACUUUGUGGUUGAAGAGGUAGUCCGUUCUGAGGGAAAAAGGGUUGCUCUUAACCGCAAUGGCAGCCUGAGAAGUAGCAGCAGUAGGAGCAGCAGCAGUAGCAAUGGAAACUAUGAGAACAAUGUUGCUUCAAAUGAACUGAUAGAAAGGGAAUAUACGACACUAGGAUUGCCAAUUGUGGGAGGGAUCAGUUCUGAGUUAUCCAAUGUUAAGAAAGCAGCACAAAUAGAUUAUAACAAUUUAGUUAAUUCAAUCUCGGCCCUCUCAACCCGGUUAGUCAAAGUUCAAGAACUGGUUUCCUUGUGUGGAAAUAACGAAGAAGGACAUUUUGUAAAAGAAAUGGAUCAUUUUCUUAGAAAUGCUGAGGAAGAGCUGAAAUUAUUAAGGGAGAAGCAAACAAGUGUAUUGCAGCUCAUCAAGAAAACAACACAGUACUAUCAAGGAGGAGCUUCAAAAGAAACUGCAGAAGACAAUCUUCAUUUGUUUGUCAUAGUGAAGGAUUUUCUGGGAAUGGUUGAUCAAGUAUGCAUUGAGAUUGCACGUGAUAUGCAGAAGAGAAGAUUUCCUCCUAAGGCCAUUUUUGGGUAGUCAUCAUCACUGGAACCUACACAAAUCAGUUGUGAUCGUAAAAUUGCUGAAACAUACCACAACAUAUAGCUCCAAAAAUUAUUCAACUUGUGCUGUUGGAUGAGGGGACUGAAGUUCCCUAAAUAAGAUUUCUGAAAGAUUGGAGUUUUGUUGUGUGAUCAUCAUUCAAAGUUUUUAGAGUUUACCAUGGGCUACAACUCAAAAGACAAUUCCUAACCACAAAAUCUUCAGAAAUAUUGUGCAAGCAGGGUAUGGUUUUACAAUUCAUAAUCCGAAACCUUCUUCAUCGUUUUAACAUAUUCCAGCAUUAAAUGUGUAAAUGUAAGCGUCAACCAUUCUUGAGCAAACUUAAAUUCUGGUGCAUAUUUGUUCGAUUCCUUGAGCGUCAACCAGAACUUGGUUACUUCUUUCUGUUGUAUAUAGUAUUGUAAUUUGUAAUUUUGGAUAUAUGGAUUUUAUUCAUAUUUUUUCAGAUAAAGAGUUUUGUCA